GCCCCCGCGCCAGUUGCCACGACCACCCCCAGUCCCCAGGCCAUCGCCAAGGCCGCCCCGCAGGCCCCCAGCGUGCAGAAAGAAUCUGUCUUUGUGCGGCUGGCCAACAGGAUUAAGGCUUUAGAACGAAAUAUGUCAUUAAGUGGACAGUAUCUUGAAGAACUUAGUCGCCGCUACAAGAAACAGGUGGAAGAAAUGCAGAAGGCUUUCAACCGCACGCUGCAAGCAGUACAUGAAGCUAGUCGUAUUGGGGAGGAACGUGAAGCACGACGUCAAGAGGAAAUGCAGCAGCUGCAACAGCAGUUGUCUCAACUUUCGGAAUCGUUGCAAGGUUUAAUUGGAGAACGAGAUUCAUGGCUCAGUCGGCUAAAUGUAAUAGCACAACACCUCAUCCUCAUCUGUGUGGAGGUUCUCUUGUUUGUGCUGCUGAUGUAUUUCUGCCGUCGAAUUCCUGACACUGGUAGAACUGGUAAUGAAGAAAUAUCACAGAAGCAAAAUCUGGGAACAAGGAGUCGGAAGGGAAGUCGUGCUGCUGUGAAGCGUAGAAGAUCGGUAGAAGGAUCAUAUCAAGAUCUUCUCAUAUCUGACCCAGGUGUAUCAGAGAUAGAUGGUCUUAGUACUAUCUCAAAAGCUGAUGCAAGAAGACGAAGACGCAAGAAGAAAGAUCUUCUUUCACGAUCAGCUAGUAUUAGAUUGCCAGUGAAAAGUUCUGAACCGCUAGUUGAUAUAGGAAAAGAACAAAAAAGUGUUCCAAGUCGACGUGCAAAUUCUUUGGAGUUAGGAGUGUGGUGGGCCUCGAGCAAUGGUGUAGAUACCGCUAUAGAAGAAGAUGAAAAAGUGGAGAAAGACUCAGAAGUGCUUGUACAUCACCAGCAAUGUUCAUCGGAACAAACAUGUUUGGACAGUGGUCAUUCACCUGCAAUUGAAUCUAUAUCUCCUCAUAGCUCAGUCAUAGAGACGUCUUCUCAACAGUUAAAAGAUAGUCAAAGACAGAUAAAAUCUAGCAACACAAAUACAUGUGAGCUACAUACAAAAUUUAGAAGUGUAAGUGAUACUGUUUCUCCGCUGGCUAAGAACAAUGGACUUGUUAGAUCGAAUGCACUAGGUAGCGUAGUCCAACGUCAACUUUCUUCUCCUGUAUUCAUGCGAACAGCUACUUCUGUUCGAAGUUCACGAUUGGGCAGUGUAGAACCAAGUCCUCCAGCCAAAUUGAAGUCUGAUAAUUGGGAGUGGUAUAGCACGCACCAUGGUUUGGACAAGUCUAGUCAGCCUAACAAGGUCACAUGUUCCAUAUCUUGUCCUGGAAGUGGUUCAGUUGAUCCAAACCAAAGGCAGAAUGGACACUCAGCUCCAGACAAUAUCAGGAGAAGUAGCAAUGCUAGUAGCAGUGCCAGUAGUGCCAGUAAUAUUUCAGAAGGAACAUCUCAUAAAGAGACUAGCAAGAAAGGCCCAAGUAGUUUGAAGAAAAUGGUAAAGAAGUUCUUCUGAAACUUGAUUUGUACAUUAGUGAAAAGCAGUAGAUGCAGGCAGUAAUAAAACACAAGAAUGGUGAACUAUCGUUGCAUACAUUGAUAAUAAAAUUGUGUACUCUUAUAAAAAAAACAUUUUUGUGAAUAUUGCCAUUCCAGAACAUUUACCAUUUUAAUUUUAAUUUAUUACUGUGGUUCUGUGUUUUGAUGUUCUUUAUCUACGUUAUGUGAUGUAUGCCUUAUAUUUUUCUCAUACUAUUCUGUAUUUCUAUCUUUAUUUAAUUUUUUUACAAACUAUAUCCUUGAGUCUUAUUUUAAUGAAAGAUUGUUUGAAAAAUAUUUUCAAAGUUUUAUAGGAUGAUUCUAGAUUGGUGUAAAUUCAGUAGAGUAGAUGAAAAAUAGAGCUUACUGCUUGAGGUAUCAGAUGUUGAAUGACAAGUGAAUUUGCACUACAUAUUGAAGAACUUAAUUUUGUAUAGCAUUGUCUCUGCAUACUCUCAAAUGAUUAUAGUCAUUCCACAACUGAUGAACAAAUGAUAGGAAUGCUCCAAGUGUUCUUGAAGAUAAUUCAUACCAGUAAUGGUACUAAUCUAAGGUGAUGAAGUGUUUAUGCCAAAUACUUAUGAUAAGACUUUAUUCACAAAGGCUGAAGUGCAUACUUUUUGUCAGGAAAGAAACUAGGAUUUGGUUGUUGCUUUUAUUAUUGUUUCCUUUCUAUUUUUACUUCAGGCUUCUGUUUUUUUACACCUGUUUUGAUAAUUUAGUCCCAAAAGCGUCAUGUUUGUUCGGUCACAAUGUUUUCUGGUCCAGUUUCAAUGGGGUUGGGCUCAAGACUGUCAAAUCAAACCUUUUAUUUGUAGAAGAAAUGUUAUUCUAAUUGCAGCUACAUAGUUCUACUUCGGUAGGUAUGGCCUACAGAAAAUGGGAACAGACAACAUGUUUUGUUAAUGACAAAUAAUAUGUACAUAGUGAUUUUCAUUAGUUCUCUGUCUGAAGUAUUGAUCUUCAUAAACUAUCACUCUCUUGUAAAAUUACUGUAAAACUCGUUUCUUUGGUUCAGUGUUCCAUCAGAAUACGUCUGACGCAAGUGUGAAUGUUCUUCCAUACAUGUAAGAUGUUACUUUAUGUAUGUUGUGUGGUAUCUGUUCAUAAAUUAAGCAUGAAUGUAUUUAUUUAAGAUUGCAGAUGGUGAAUGUUUACUUGCUGUACUUUCUAUGAACAAAUUACAAAUUAAUGAAUAAUUAAUUUCUUAUAGUAGGCAAAAUUGCAGAGAAUGGAUAAUUAGCCAAAGGCCAACUGCCAAAUCCUAAAGAACUUAAUGAGUCCAUACCAAAAUUCUGGAGUAUCAUUGUACCAUCAGAGAUAAUAUUGAGUGUUCAGUGUAUGUGUGUGGCAUAAAAAUUGUGUAUUGAAUACAAAAUAAUGGUAAUUCACUGAACAUUGACAUAUUCCGCACAACCUUUAAAGUCACGUUGUUGAAUUUCACUUGUGAUGUCUAUCACAAUGUUUUGUGAAAUGUGUUACAAGCACAGAGGUUUUAAAGAAAUUGCUUCAUAUGAAACAAUUCAGCAUAAAAUUGCAAGAUUGUUAAUAGGAUCUGAUGUCAGAUUUGCAUUCCUUACUGGGCCAAUCAGCUGUGCUGAUUGUACCCAUUGGUAAUGUGAUGUAGCAUCCCUUGUUGCUGUGAUAGUCUUGUUGCCAUUGGAAAGACUGAUUUAGGAUUCAGAAAUGGAAGUCUUUGACUUCUUAUGAAUAUUCAUGUAUGCUUGAUGUUGGUACAGUAAAUUAUAAAUAAUAAUGUAAAAAUAAUAAUACAUGCUGGAAGUGUAAAUUGUUUAAUUGUGGUUUCUUUACCCAUCUUCCAACCUUGUAUUUAAAAUUCAGUAUCUAGCUGCAAGAGCAAAUGCAGGUCAUGGAAGUACGACUUUGUAUUAAUUUUCAUGCGGG